AUGGCUAGACUAAGUUCCAUGAACCUUGUCUUGGUCUUUUCGUUGAGUUUCAUGGUUUUGUCAUCUGAAUUAGUGAUUCAAAGUGAAGGGUCUUCAAGUGAUUAUGGGACUGCGCUCACCAAGUCGUUGCUGUACUUCGAGGCUCAGCGAUCAGGCAAACUGCCAAGUGAUCAGAGAGUCCAAUGGCGUGGCGAUUCGGCGCUUGAAGAUGGGAGCGAUGCCGGAAUCAAACUGACCGGAGGAUACUACGACGCCGGCGACAACGUCAAGUUCGGGUUCCCGAUGGCCUUCACAAUCUCGUUGCUCUCGUGGAGCGUUGUGGAGUUCAAAGACAAUUUGAAAGCCAAGCACGAGCUCUCGAACGCGCUUGCUGCCGUAAAAUGGGGCACGGACUACCUGAUCAAAGCCCACCCUCAGCCCAACGUCCUCUACGGCGAGGUCGGCGAGGGCAACUCCGACCACUCGUGCUGGCAGAGGCCCGAGGACAUGACCACCGCCCGCACUGCCUACAAGAUCGACGACCAGAACCCAGGGGCCGAUCUCGCCGGGGAAACUGCAGCUGCAUUUGCGGCUGCUUCCAUCGCCUUUGCCAAGACGGAUUCUGAAUAUUCAUCUCAGCUUCUAACUCAUGCAAAACAGCUCUUUGAUUUCGCUCGGAAUCAUCCUGGCGUGUACACGAGUAGCAUCUCUGUAGCAGGGCAGUUCUAUUCCAGCUCUGGAUAUCAGGACGAACUACUGUGGGCAGCUGCGUGGCUUCACCGUGCAACUGGGGACAAAGAAUACCUCGAUUACCUCAGUAGCUCGGGCGACACCGGUGGCGGUCGGACUGAGUUCUCGUGGAACGACAAGUACGUCGGCGCCCAAGUGCUCGUUGCGAAGCUAGUGUUGGAAGGCCAAGUUGAGAACUCAGGACCAUGGGCACAAUACAAAAGCCAAGCAGAGCAAUUCAUAUGCAAUUGCCUCCAGAAAGGCAGCGGCAAUUUCAAAAAGACCCCUGGUGGACUGCUGUGGUUUCAACCCUGGAACAACCUCCAGUACACCUCCACCGCCGCGUUCAUCGCCGCGGUGUACGCUGACUACCUCGACUCCAAGAAAGCCUCAAUCCAGUGCCCCGGCGGUAUUGCAUCUUCCUCCGAUCUGAUCGAGCUUGCCCAGUCACAGGCGGACUAUAUCCUCGGAGAGAACCCGAAUAAACUGAGCUAUAUGGUCGGCUAUGGAUCGAACUAUCCGACCCAAGUGCACCACAGGGGAGCCUCCAUUGUCUCGAUCAAGAAGGACCCGACGCCUGUCUCAUGCAGCCAAGGAUUUGACUUGUGGUUUAACAAGAACGCCCCGAACCCGAACGUAUUGGACGGAGCGCUCGUCGGGGGCCCGGACCAGCAAGACGGGUACUCAGACUCGAGGUCGAACUAUCAGAUGGCCGAGCCAGCAACCGCCAACACAGCACCUUUUGUUGGUGUUUUAGCUAGGCUUGCUUGA